AAGAAAUUGACGUAACGAAUAAAUACACAAAUAGAUGUUGAACUUGUCUUCUAAACCACUCAAAUAAUAUUCCAAAUUCACCCGAUGGAUCCGAAUAGCACCGUGUGCACUUGCAGAGAGACCAGCUAUUUGCUGAAUAAAAUAGUGUUGCUUCUGGAAUGCGAGAUAACGAAAAACGAUGUUCAGCGAAUCCUGGACAUGAUGUACAAGUUUUUGGCGCUGUCGCAAUACGGAAUUUAUGCCUCAGAUUUGGCUAACAUUAUGCGAUUGUUGGAGAUUUGUUGCGAAAAAUGCGUGGUUACUCCCGCUUUCUCAGACAUCGUGAAGCACGUAUUAAAUAUUUGCAAAAUUCCCAUGUACUUGAAAGUCAGCUCUGACGUCAAUAGGUAUUCCACGGACCUAAGGGAGUUCUUUUCAGUGUUAGGGUAUCUGUUAAUAUUAAUCGAUAAUACUGAGAUCCAACGUUGUAUAUUGGAAACGACAAAAUGCCUGUUGGAAGUGCCUUCGACUUACAAAAGCCAAUUCCCUUUGAAAAUACGACGAAAAGAGGCCGCAUCAGGACGCUUAGCCGGUUUGUUGGGUCAAGCGCUGUUUCUAAUCAACGACGAAGUGUUCCCCGACGUGCUGGAAUUCAUCAUCAAAUUUGCCUCUACCUGUCCAGAAAUCUGUGAAGAUUUAGCAAAGAAUGACGCCCUGAACGCUCUAUUAGCCCGCAUGGAGGGCACGUGGAGAGCUCGUAUACCUCAUGUUCAUCCCAACAUGGCGGAAAAACCCGUCAUCAAUCACAUCGAAAUCCAACUGAAUCUCGCCAUCUACAUAUUGAAUUAUUUGAAAAAAAAUCGCGUUGUGUUGAAUGAAGUUCCCAUUAUUUCUCGUUUCUCCCUGUGGAAUAUCAAGUUCCUGUUUCAUCACAUAACAGUAGUUACUGAUUGGGGUACCGUCAGGAAUUACCUCCUCACAGUAAUACUUUGCUUUUUGGAUAUGUUUCCGAAAAUGGAGUUUACUUCAAGCGGAUUAGCUGAAGGACUGAUUGUCGACGGUCAUACCAUUUGCAUACGGUCGAUGAAUUUAAUAAGAAAGCGAAACAAUAUAGAAUCUGAAAAUGGCUACUAUUUUAUAAAGACGUUCCUAUUUUGCUUGCCUUUGUACGUAAAUUUUCCGCACGGAUUAUUCGUACUAGAAAAAUGCAGAAUAAUCACAAGAACGUUAGCUUUAGUAUCGCAUGGAAAAAUCGGUGAAAUGCCGAACGAGCACACUAGCAUCAUCGAAAUAUUGACAUUCAAAAUUUUUAAUAAAAUGGUGCCAUUUUUACAGGAGGAGUUUAUCGAAAAUUCGGGAGCCGUCGUAUUGCUGACAUUUUUGAAGAACAUCAAUAUGACACCUCUGGGUAAAGCUGUAUGUUUAAAUUGCUUGGACACGAUGAGAUGUGUCCUCAAGAGCGAUACUACUAAAUUUAUCCUGAAAGCGGUAAUGUUUAAUCAAGGAGAUUCAAUUUUACUAGAUUUGUGCAAGAAGUUCAUGGAGAUGCCCGUCUUCGAUAAGAAAAUCGAAUUGUGUUUAGAGGAAAUUUUCAGCAUCCUAUCCUUGCUCUUUAUGAACGCGACUAGUUCUUUAGAAAAGACCGAAGUGGUUAACGUAACGAUAGCCAUGAUGAACAGGCUCUUGUAUCCCCUACCAGCGGAGCCGAUUUACGAUAACCGAAUCGCCGUCAACGUCAUGGAUUUCAUAUGGAACGUCAUCUACAAAUACGAGAACAUAUGCCAAUUGUUCAUCGAAAAGAAUGGAGUUUACGUCAUGUUGGAUAUAUUGCAGGCAUUUCCAAUGUCAGUGAAAAUCAUCACGUUGGGUACGUUGGUAGACAUGUGCGACUUCAGCGAAGGUAAAUGCAUCCCUUAUAUGUUAACCUGGAAGGGCAAGAAAGGCAUCACCCUGAUACCCCUACUCAUGGAGAUCUUCCGAGUUGAAAACAAAUUGCUGCAAGUGAAAACAGAGGCGAGCGGAAUAAUUGGAGAUCCCGAUCAUCCGCUGAUGGGUAAAAUGCAAUACGAUUUGAUGUUCGGGAAGAAGAACUUCGAACUGGCGGCGACUGCCGAUUUAUUCGCCAGCAGCAGACCGAAAAUCUACGCUCUACUAUCCCUAAUGAACGAACGAUAUCAAUCGAUUGUCGAGAUCACGAACGAGUCGUACAAAACGUUCAACGAUGAGGACUUGCGAGUGGAGGACCAGAUUACUCUGGUAUUAGCAGAAAACUUCUUGGGUUUGAAGUUCGGCGAAUGCUGGGAAGAGAUAAAAUGCUUCUUCGAAGCCAUCGAGUUCGAGCCGUUGCCGGUCGAUAAAAGCAUCAUUAAUUCGAUCGUGACGAGAACGCAACGAUGGGGACAGGCAUUGAAAGAAGCGCAGAAAGAGCUGCUGCAACAGAACGACCGACAGAACGCCAUGGAGGAAUUCGACUAUUACAAUCGGUUGCAAGAUAGUCGAAUAACGUCUUAUCUGCGAUACAUAAACGAGGCCAAAUACAUAGCCAGGUGCACGGAGCGCAUGUUUCGCAUAGCUCACAAGUUCAAUCAAGUCCAGCAAGUGGCGAAAGCCAUGAAACAUAUUCCACACAACAUGUAUCUCCACAAAACAUUUAUGAAAAGUACGCCCAUCACUUGCGUGUUUAAACAUAAAGUCGAUAUAAAAGACGACCACACUAAUUUUUUGGAAAUUUGUCAUGUCAAACAUCUUUCGAAGACCGUCGAACAAGAAGGAAGCGAAAAGUCUCGAAUAAUCGAAGUUUCAAGCUCGGUUCUCAAGAAUUUCACUGACAAUGUGCAUAUACCUGAGAAAAAACAAAUCCACCCGUUAAGUGGCAAGCACGAAGAACCGAAAGUGUGCGAGUCUCAAGAUCUUUGCUUAAAGGAUGAAGUAAAGAUAUUUUGGAAAGUUGACGAAGAGCAGCCAUCGAGCGUGUAACUGAUCAUUAGUGGUUUAUUUUAGCUCUUGUAGAUAAUUAUGUAAAAAUCAGAUGUGUACUACAUUACAAUGCUGGAUGGUAUGGU